CUUAAAGCACCGGCUCUGGCUCUGAUCCAGUGGAUACACAUCGUAUUUGAUCACAUAAAAUAUUCAAUCAAAACUAGCCACAUCAUCAUCCACUUCUUCCUGAAAUUUUCCUUUUGGGAAUCAUCUGAGGCAUAUAAUAAUAUUGUGAAUGCGUUAAUGGAGGAUCAAACCUUCGUUGCGGACAGAGUUGAACAGCUCCCCUGUUUCUCUCUCAACAAAAUGAACCGUUGCUCCCAUUAAACCCACUUUAUAUGCCAUUAUCUUCACACGAUCCCAUUUAAAUACGCAAUGGAUUCAAGAAUUUUCACCUGAAAUUCUUUUAAACAGAAAGUGACAGCAAAAAGAAAGAGAGCAAAAAAGUUUAUCCAUAGCCAUGGCCUUGCCAUCGGAGGAUUUAGAAAGCAGCGGAGAGAAAAUUAGGAGAAGAAAUAAUAAUUCAUCAGUAGCCUAUUCAGUUGAAGAUAGAGAGACCCAAUGGACAUCAUGGCUGAUCCCACUUUUUGUUGUGGCUAAUAUUGCGAUGUUUGUGGUCGAGAUGUAUGUGAAUAAUUGCCCAAAACAUGUAAAGAAUCGGGGGUUUGUUCCUAUUGAUGAAAGAAAAUGUGUGGCGAGGUUUCUUGGGAGGUUUUCUUUCCAGCCCUUGAGGGAGAAUCCUCUGUUUGGGCCUUCUUCUUCCACAUUGGAGAAGUUAGGUGCUCUUAACUGGACUAAGGUGGUGCAACAGCAUCAAGAGUGGAGGCUCGUCUCAUGUAUGUGGCUACAUGCUGGUAUUAUACAUCUGCUUGCAAAUAUGUUGAGUCUCAUCUUCAUCGGCAUCCGCCUUGAGCAGCAUUUUGGCUUUGUGCGCAUUGGAACUAUCUAUUUGUUAUCGGGAUUUGGUGGUAGCAUACUCUCCUCCUUGUUUAUUCAAAACUACAUCUCUGUUGGGGCCUCUGGCGCACUUUUUGGGCUUCUUGGAGCAAUGCUUUCUGAGUUGAUUACAAACUGGACUAUAUAUACAAACAAGAUUGCUGCACUGUUGACACUUUUGGUGAUAGUUGCCAUAAACUUAGCCGUUGGAAUUCUUCCGCAUGUUGAUAAUUUUGCUCAUAUAGGUGGAUUUUUGACGGGUUUCCUUCUAGGUUUCGUUCUAUUACCCCAUCCUCAGUUUGGGUGGAUAGAUCGCCAGAAUCUUCCGGAAGGUGUACGUGUCAAAUCCAAAUACAAAGCUUAUCAGUAUGUCUUUUGGGUGUUGUCUCUUAUACUACUGAUUGCAGGGUUUACGGUAGGGCUAGUGAUGCUGUUUCGAGGAGUGAACGGAUAUGACCGUUGCCACUGGUGUCGUUAUUUGAGCUGUGUUCCAACCUCCAGAUGGAACUGUGAUGAAAGUUGAUGACGACCUUUGAAAUCCGGAUUUUCUGUCCAAAGGUGUCGUUACGUGUAAAUGCCUAGUUUUAGUUGGGUGUAUUUAUUAGUUUUUCAAGUGUGAUUUUAUUUUAAGAAUUUUAGUUAGUGUGUCAAUUUCCACAGGACAUUUUUACAGUUGCUGGAACAUGCUUUUGAGAUCAUUCUCUUCAUUGUUUUCAGACCAAGAUAUCAAGAAUCAGCAGCUGGAAUUCCUUAAA